GUUGAGCGUGAUGACGCCACUUGGUCAGAUCCCGACGGGCUUCCGCCUUCGGGACCGAUCGCAAUCGAUGCGAAAAGAGUGCGUAUUUCAAACAGCCAAAAAAGUGUCAUGAAGUAUCUAUAGAUUACCUAAAUAUUUUGCAAUUGCCAAAGUUGAGACUUAUUCUGGACUGCAAGUUUGCGCCUUUGAUGCAGCUUACUGUAUAUCACUAAGUUCCGUGAUUCCAAAUGGGUAUUGGAAGCCAAGACGUGGUGACGACUGAUGACAACAGGGCGUGAAAUUCUUACAUAGGAGGUAGACAGCUUAUUUCGGGGAUUCUCCACCUGAAGAGACGGAAGAAUGAAACUAUAGCCCGCUACUUAGUAGGUUAGUAUUUUAUCCGUUUAAAGGAUUUUGUAUGGGGGAUAUACAAAACGCUAGGCGCCAUCAGUAAUUCGAUAUCCUAGGUUUACAGCUAAUUUGUCAACGCUGACGCCCUACUGCAUGCUAACUUGUAGAUCAAGUUGCUGUAACCGAAGGUCGAAGGGAUUAUGUCCGCGGAAUUGUAACAUAAAAUAGGAAAUGAAAAUUUAUAUAUAAAUCAAGCCAGAAUACCUUGAUGGCACUUUUUGUAUCCUAACUAAUUAUUCCUCGGAUAAAGGUCGCUUACUACAACAACAUUAUCGAAGAGUUGCGUAUAUUUGUUAUAUUCCACUAACGAAAUCACACCUGAACGUAUACCAUGGCCCAAGAAGGUGGCUGUCUCUGUGGCAAGAUCCGCAUCUCGACCGAAGGCGAGCCUAUAAACAAGAUGCUCUGCCACUGUCUCGACUGCCAUAAAAUCUCAGGCUCAGCUUUCAGCACCAACGUCGUCGUGCCCGCCGCGGGCUUCAAGGUUCUGUCAGGGACGCCCAAGACUUACUUCACGCCUGGCGACUCAGGCCGGGGGAUAACGUCGCACUUCUGCGGCGACUGCGGAUCAACUCUGUGGCGCAUCGGGAAAAUCUCCGACUUUAACCCAAUCAUCAAAGCUGGUGUCAUAGACGACCCGAACUUCUUUAACAACGACGCCAAGCCAACCGUAGAGCUGUUCUCACAUCGGCGGGCAAAUUGGGUUAAGGAGAUUCCUGGCGCAACUCAGACUUGAGAGUUGUGGUUAGGUUGAAGAUGUCGACUACGUUGUCGAUACUCCCUAGGUACACUUUAGGGGGGAGCAGACGCAUAUUAGGCUUAACUAAACCAAUAAAUAAAUCUGACUAAACACUUGUUUAUGCCUAUGUGGAAGACUUGUCGAACCGUAUGGAGGGUUGAUCUGUGAAUAUGCUCCAUGACAUAACGAGUGAUAGCCGACGUCUUCAGUUAUCCUGGGAUAUCAACCAAACAGGAAUCUAAGCAACUAAGAUAUUCGAUGCGUCGGCCCGAUCGUGUACUAGGUAGCAGCAUUUUUGACCCUCAAGUCUAAGGAAAGCUCUUCGACAAGUUAACGUUGUAAGAUACGUCCGGCUUGUCAGUUGCGUAUCAGUAUGCUGCUUCAACAGGAUAUCUUUGGAAAGGGAUCACUUAUCAUAUGGGUAGUAUUCAAUCAUCUGUGGAGUUUCGUCGUAAUAAUUGUCCAUUG